GUUUCUCAAGCUAUUGGCUCCACGAAUUGCUCACUGGUAGUGGUGUUUACAUGGAACCUCGACAAGAAAAGGCCAAGAGUCCUGAAUUACUUGCUCGACUGGAAAAAAUUCUUGCCGAACAAGCUGAUAAAGAAUAUGCUCGUAUGAUUGGACGUGUUGCUUCCUCUUAUGAUGUAGAAACUUUUAAACUCUUAGAUACUGAAGAGUUCCAAAGCAUCCGUGGUCAGCUCACUGCGAUAAUUAAUAUUACGUUUACUGUUGUUGCUGUAUUUGCCGCCGUGUAUCACGUUGCGCAAACCAUCACCGGUGAUACUGGAAUGCGUGUAUUGCUUGCACUCACCGGAAGCGUUAUCGUUGGUGUAGCUGAAACAUUUUUGUACAUGCGUUAUCUCGCUGGCUUUGACAAAAAUGACCCUAAAAAGGAACGUAAACAAC